AUGCUCUUCUUCAAGUCCCUCGCCUCGCUCGCUGCGCUUGUCAGUGUAGCCGUUGCCAGCCCCAUCGAGUCCCGUCAAUCCGCCACCAGAUGCGGCAGCACCAGCUACACAGCAGCCCAGGUGCGAGCUGCUGCCAAUGCUGCUUGCCAGUACUACCAGAAUGACGAUACUGCUGGUAGCUCCACCUACCCUCACACCUACAACAACCGCGAGGGCUUUGACUUUGCUGUCAACGGUCCCUACCAGGAGUUCCCCAUCAGGACCAGCGGUGUCUACACUGGCGGUUCCCCCGGUGCUGAUCGUGUUGUGAUCAACACCAGCUGCCAGUAUGCUGGUGCGAUCACUCACACUGGAGCUUCGGGCAACAACUUCGUUGGCUGCAGUGGUACCAGCUAG